GAAUCCACGUGACAAACUGCGCUGCUUUUUUUGUGUGGUUAGGGGCAAUCUCUGGAAGUCCCCUAAGGGAAGCUCUUCAGAAGGAUGUGCUGGUGGGGAGAAUAAUUGGAGGCCACGAGGCCGAACCACGCAGCUGGAAAUGGCAGGUAUCACUUCAGAUUGCCUAUGCUGAUGACCCGUGGUUCUACUCUCACAUUUGCGGUGGAACCCUUAUCAGCAGCAAAUGGGUCAUGACUGCAGCCCAUUGCCUCAGCGUGCCACCAGGCGCAGCCUACCGAAUGGCUCUGGGUGAGCACGAUCUCUUGGAGGUGGAUGGCAUCGAGUACUAUAUUGAUGUGGAUAGAGUCUUCUUUCAUGAUGACUGGAAUCCCAAUAACAUUGCCAAUGGGCAUCACAUUGCCCUGCUGCGCCUUGAUUCUUCUGCCUAUGACAAUGGGUUCGUUGAGCUGGGAAUGCUUCCACCUGCAGGAGAAAUUUUGCCCAAUAACUACCCCUGCUAUAUUACUGGAUGGAGGGUGGUUACGAGUGGCACCAGCAUGGACAGACUGCAGGAGGUGAUGCUGCCGGUGGUCAACCAUGAGAUCUGCUCCCAGGAUGGCUGGUGGGGAUCUCAAGCAAAAGCCACUAUGAUCUGUGCAGGCGGAGACGGCGUGAGGGCUGGAUGCAGUGGUGACUCCGGGGCUGCUACAAAGACAAUCGCUGAGAAGUCCAUGGGAUUGUCAUUUUGGGCUAGUUCCUUCUGUAACACAUACAAGAAGCCAAGAGUCUUCACACGUGUGUCAGCCUACGUGGACUGGAUCUACAGUCCACUAGAGGGCAUUGGCAAACCGAAGGAAUAUCCGACACGGUUGUCACCGCCUGCUAAAGAAGUUUUGAGGGCCGAGAACGAUAAAAUGGCAAAAAUGAUGGGUAUUUGGGAGUAUGACUACAAUGGUCUCCCCUGCCUCCCGACAGCUAUUCGACCUUAA